AAAGUCCCUGUUUCUCCCAGAAAUAGAGUUCUCCUAUUCCUUCCGGGCCGCGGCUCCCGGCGCUCCGCGCGCGGCCGCGGGCGCUGCCGGGGCUUGGAGUCCCGGGAUCGGCGGGAUCGCGGGGAGCGCCGGGGCCAUGCGCAGGGUCAACAGCAGCCUGUCCAGUGAUGAGCUUCUCCUGGAAGACUUGGAGACAGAAGGGGAGAGGCAGCUGAAGACCCUCCUUCAGCAGCAGCUUGAUACCACUGUCUCCAUCGAGCAGUGCAAGUCGAAGCGAAGAUGCUUUGCCCCUGCAGCUUUUUACAAGCCUUUUGGGGAGGAGGCUGCGGGGGCUUUGACCUUGUCACAGUUCCAGGCCCUGGAGGAGAGCAACAAAGAAACUUCCUCUCUCCGGGAGCUGGGGCUCUCCGACUCGGAGAUUCUGCUCUGGAAGAACCGGACUUCAACAAGGAAGGGCUCUGGGCUGGGGGCGGCCCCAGAGGCCACGCAGGACCGGCUCCAUGCCAUCCAGGAGAAGAUGGAAGAGCGUCAGCGCAUCCUGGCUCUGCCGCAGAGGUUUGCUGGCAGCAAGCAGCUGAGCCGGAGGGAGAUGGAGAUUGAGAAUGCCCUUUUCCAGGGAACAGACCGCCACUCCUUCCUCCGGGCACUCUACCACGAAGAUGACACUCAGAAGAAGGGAACAGAUGAAAAGGACCCCAUGGUUCAUCUGGAGAGCGUUUACCAAGAGCUGCUGAGCAAGAAGUGCCCUGAAAAAGUCCAGCCUGCUAAGAGUGACCCCUGCUUGUGCCCUUCCCUGGCCCUGCAGGGGCCUGUGACCGGGGACUCGUCACCUCCAGACCAGGAAGAGCAAGCAGAACAGGCAGCAAGUCCCAGCGUUCCUGCAACAAAGCCCCACCAGUCCUCUCCAGGGCCAGUGAUUAUCAAGGAGCCUGUAGAGUUUGUCCCAGAAGAGGAGAUCCUCAAGAACCGCCUCUCAGAGGAAGAACUCCGGAAGAUACCCAGGUUCUCGUCCUACCAUCCAGGGGAGCCCAGCAAGGUGCUGUAUUUGAAGAACCUGGGCCCUCGGGUGACGAUGAAGGACCUGGUGUCCUUGUUUGCCCGGUUCCAGAAGGAGGACAGCCCACUGAUCCAGUUCCGCCUCCUCAGCGGGCGGAUGAGGGAUCAGGCCUUCAUCACCUUCCCUGAUACUGAGUCUGCCCAGAGUGCCCUGCAGCUGCUGAACGGGUACAACCUGCAGGGGAAGCCACUGGUGAUUGAAUUUGGGAAAAGCAAGAAGCAUUUGCCAAAGGCUGACGCUGCCAUCCCCAGCUCCUCUGCUGCAGAGAACCCCCCUGCCACGUGAGGGUGGAUAACCAGGAGCCUUGUGGAGUUCAGUGAGCCAUGGGAACUCCUUGGUUGUACCUGGGACAGCGAAGGACUGUUGGAAUGUGCAGGUCCAUUAAUCUCAGGGUGGGGAAGGGAGAGAGAUGGGCACUGCCUUUACACUGUUGGGGUGGACUGGCUUUUUCCUCUUGUUCC